CUGCGAGAAAGAAAUCACGAAGGAUUUUUCCGUUUAUUGCAAGAGAACAAAAAGGCAACACAAUACAAAGAAAAAACAGAAAUUCAUGAAAAUGGAGGAAGAAAAAAAUUCUGUGAUGAAAAAUACGAAACAGAAGAGGUAUAAAAUUUUGGGAAAAAAGAGAAGUGAAAGAAAGCCAGGUUUUGAAACCUCUUCAUCGUCAUCAGAAAAUGAGAAGAAAUCAACUGAUUCAAUUGACAUUCCUCCUCCUCUCCUAUCUUUUAUAUCUAAAAUAUCUAAAGAGGAGUACUUUCCUGGAAAAAUUGCAUGUUUGUCUCACUUGGUAGCCAUUGAAAAUAUUAAGAAGAAAUUGACUGAACCACAAUUGGAGAUGUUUAGAAAAUCAUGUUUUGGUCAUUUUUUACUCCUUCCCGAACUUAGAUUUUCAGCCCAAAUUGUUCAUCAAUUGUUGUUACGUCAAUGUGAAACCAAAAAAGACAAUGAAAUAUGGAUUUUAUUAAAGUCAAAGGGCUUAAGAUUUAGUAAAGAAGAGUUUGCAUUGAUUACGGGCUUGAGUUUUGGUCCUAUUACAAAAUGUGAUAAAAAAUCAUUACGAAUAAGGGACACAUACUUUAAAGGAGAAAACAAGGUGCGUAAUGAUGAGUUGGAGAAAGUUUUUCUUUCUUUAGGAGAGGAAAAGAAAAAGAAAAAGAAUAAGAAAAAUAAAAAAAAAGGAUUUGAAGAUGAAGAGGUGAUAAAGUUGGCACUUUUGUAUUUUUUAGAGCAUGUUUUAUUUGGGAAAGAAGGAAAAAAUUUGAUAGAUAUGGAAUGGGUUGCUUUGGUUGAUAAUUUGGAGGCUUUUAACAAGUAUCCAUGGGGGGGGAUUUGUUAUGAGAGGACACUAUUUGGUUUGCAAAGAGCUUUGGAGAACCGGGUAUCCAAAUACCAAGAUAAAAAGAAAACAAAGGGAGAAGCUGCAGUUGAAGCAUAUAGUCUUGUUGGAUUUCCAUAUGCAUUCCAGGUUUGGGCAUACGAGGCUAUUCCACUUAUUGGAUUGAAAUAUGCCACUCGUGUAUCUGAGAGGUAUCCUCGAAUAUUAAAUUGGAGUGCAACAAGUGCUCCAAGGUCUACUGAGGUUGAAAAUGUAUUUCUAGAGCCUCAUUUAACUUUUCAUUCGCUUCUAACACCCACUUUAGAGGAGCAACAACAAGACUAUUACAAGCAUGUAGAUAAACAAGGAGCUUCAGCAGAAAUGUUGCACCAAUCAAAUGCCUCACAAGAUGCCAAGAAUGAUGACUUAAGGCAUGAAAAAAGCUCAUCUGACACUGCUGCAUAUGUUGCUGCUGCUACUGCUGCAAUGGCAGAAGAAACAACAAAUGAUGCAAUCACCCCAUCAAUAGAGAAAUUAUGGAUGGAGUUUGUGAAAUUCAGACAAAGCUCAGAGUUAAAUUUCAAUCAUCUAAAGAAAGAAAUUGAAGGACUCAACUUGAAGAUGGAUGAAUUGAAACAACUUUUAUUAGAAGUUAGUGACAUGUUUACUUGUUUAAAUUUUCUAAUACUUCAAUGUUUUGACAUUUGUGUUUUCUCAUAUUUAUUAUUAUUGGGUGGUGUAUGCAAUUUUAGGUUAAGAGUUUGA